CCAUGCAUGGCCCUCUGCUUUCUAAGCAACCUCGCCCACUGUUGUUCCUUUAUUCUCACUCUUUUCAGACUUGCAGCUUUUGACAGUAACACAUCACAAUGGCUACCGCAACGAGGAAUCCAGGCAAGGAAUAUUCAGCAUUCCCAGAUGAACAAGAUCUCAUUGAAACCCAUGCAGAGAAACAGGUCAACAAGUUUGACAUCUAUUGUCCCCAGGAAAGCUGCCGCUGUAAAAUACUCCUUGCUUCCGCUGCAGAACUCGUCCAGCGAGAGAAAAGCAAGUUGGCACUACCAAAACUCCCAUUGUUGGAUGCAGCCGUUUCAACCAUUGAGGAGGUGGAAUCAGAAGGAAAUGUAAUCAAUAACGAUACUACAGAUGGCGACGAAUCAGAGAAGACGACAGUAACGACGACAACAACAACGGAAGAGGAAUUGCAAUCCUUUUGGAAAGUGACCAACAUGAUGUCGUUUGAAAACAUUGGCUUCAGUAAAAAAUUACCGAAUGGGAUUCAGUUCUUGUCUUGUGCAGACUGUGAUAUCGGACCAUUAGGAUACCAUGACACCAGUGCUAGUGGAGCCGCUAAGGAAUACCUCAUUGCAUUGAAUAGAUUACGAUACCAUGAUCGGUCUUGA